CACUAAACUGGAUAACGUCUCCUUCAACCCGCAGCACAGACUCAUUUCUCUACACACCAGCUCUGAGUGGAUGCUCAGCAGGGGUGUUUGAGAUAUUAGCGCGCUGUGGGGGGGAAAGGCUCAGGGACUUCUACCAUCCACAUACAAAGAGCCGGCAGUCAGGAGGAAUAUGGGCAAAUCCGAAAGUCAAAUGGAUAUCAUGGAGAAAUCAAGUAAACCUGGAAAGCGUCGUUGGACUGUUGCAGAAAUCGGUCUGUCUGUGUUGCUGCUGUUGGUCAGCUGUGCCUUGGCCGGGUUGGUAGUCCUCUACACAUCGGUUGUGAAAGAACAAUAUAACAAAACAAGUGUGUCGAGGAGCUCAACAAGUGAAGGCCAGCUGUUUCGCUCCAGCCACAACAGUGUGUGCACAACUGCGGACUGUGUUACUGCAGCUGCUCGGCUCUUGCAGAACAUGGAUAAGUCUGUGAAGCCCUGUGAUAAUUUCUACCAGUAUGCCUGCGGGGGUUGGCUGGAGAGACAUGUUAUCCCAGAGACGAGCUCCCGCCACAGCGUCUUUGACAUUCUGAGGGACAAGCUGGAGAUUGUCCUCAAAGGUGUUCUUGAGACAGAGAAUGAAAAGGACAGAAAUGCCAUCAAGAAAGCCAAAGUCCUUUACAACUCCUGCAUGAAUGAGAGCCUCAUAGAGCAGCGUGACUCCCAGCCCCUCCUGCAGCUCAUUGAGAGUAUCGGAGACUGGCCUGUGGCGUCAGAUGACUGGAACACCACUACAGAGGAAGCAUGGAGCCUCGAGGACACACUAGCAAAGCUUACCGCUCGUUUCCACAAGAAGGUUCUGCUGGACAUGUACGUGUGGACAGACGACCGGGACUCUCGGCGCCAUAUCAUUUAUAUUGACCAGCCAGGACUUGGCAUGCCAUCAAGAGACUAUUACUUCAAUGAUGGAAACUACAAAAAGGUUCGAGAGGCCUACCUACAUUUCAUGGUUUCUAUUGCGAAGAUAACCCGAGAGGACAGGAACUUGACUCAGGAUGAUGACCGUGUGUGGGAGGAAAUGAUGCAAGUGCUGGAGCUGGAGACAGACAUCGCCAAUGCCACAUCACCGGCAGAGGAGCGCCAAGAUGUCACCGUUCUCUACAACAAGAUGACACUUGGAGAGCUACAAAGCACAUUCAGCUUUAAUGGUUAUAACUGGACACGAUUUAUUCAAGGUGUGCUGUCCAGCGUGUCCAUCGAGGUGCAGCUAGAGGAGGAGGUGGUGGUGUACAGCUCUCCUUACCUUGAGAAGAUGAAUGACGUUCUCUCAAAACACAGUGUCAGAACUAUGCAGAACUACCUCACCUGGCAGCUCAUCAUUGACAGAGUUAACAGUUUGAGCCGCCGUUUCAAAGAUGCCAGAGCCCGUUACAGAAAGACUCUCUAUGGGACCACUGUGGAGGAUGCUUGGUGGCGAGAAUGCGUCCGUUAUGUCCAGAGUAGCAUGGAGAACGCAGUUGGAGCUUUGUAUGUGCGUGAGACCUUUGCUGGAGAAAGCAAACGAAUGGUCAGUGACCUUAUCAGUAAGAUCCAGAAAGCAUAUGUGGAAACACUGGAGGAGUUAAGCUGGAUGGAUAUUCCCUCGAAGGAGAAGGCAAAAGAGAAGGCCAUGGCAAUCAAGGAACAUAUCGGCUAUCCAGAUCAUAUUCUACAGGAAGGCAACCAGAAGCUUGACCGUGAGUACGCUCAUCUGAAUUUUAGUGAAGAACACUACUUUGAGAACAUCCUCGAGAACCUCAAGUCUGAAGCACACAAGAGUCUGAAGAAGCUCAGAGAACCAGUUGACCCAGACUUGUGGAUCAUUGGUGCUGCUGUGGUGAAUGCAUUCUAUUCACCCAACAGAAACCAGAUCGUGUUUCCAGCAGGAAUCCUGCAGCCGCCUUUCUUCAGCAAACAUCAGCACCAGGCCCUUAACUUCGGUGGGAUAGGAAUGGUUAUCGGACAUGAGAUCACACACGGAUUUGAUGACAACGGGCGUAAUUUUGACAAGGAUGGUAAUAUGCUAAACUGGUGGAGUAAUUACUCUGCUGAGCAUUUUAAAGAGCAGUCACAGUGCAUGGUGCAACAAUACGGAAACUUCAACUGGAAGCUAGCUGGUGGACAAAACGUCAGUGGAAUCAGCACUUUGGGGGAGAACAUUGCAGACAAUGGAGGGAUUCAUCAAGCAUAUAAGGCUUACCUAAAGUGGGUGGAGAUGGAGGGUGAGGAGCCUCGUCUACCUGGUCUAGACAUGGAUUACAAACAACUUUUCUUUCUUAACUUUGCCCAAGUGUGGUGUGGUGCUUAUCGGCCUGAGUAUGCCAGCCAGUCCAUCAAGACUGACUCACACAGUCCCUUAGAGUACAGGGUGCUUGGAUCGCUCCAGAAUUUCGAAGCGUUCUCAGAAGCUUUCCAGUGCCAAAAAGGCAGUCAAAUGAAUCCCGAGCUGAAGUGUCGUGUCUGGUAGAAAGUUUUACUCUUGAGAAAUGUACUUCUUGACUUGGGCAACUGAAAUCAAAACAACAAGUUGUACUUCUUAAACCUACAGAGACAUCCUGCUCAUUUCCAAUUUAUUUGGGGUCAGAGUGAUGACACAAAUAUUUGCAUAUACUGUAAAUGUAUUUAAAAUGGAUGACAUCCCGGAAUACACCCCAGUUUCAAAACUUGAAGCAUGUAUAAAAGAAACUUGUUAGAGUAUAUUCUCAAGUUUUAGGUGUUGUCUCUGGAUGAGUAGGUCACUUGUUUGUUUGUUUAUUGCUGCGUCUCACAGCAGAUGACGAGUGGGUACAUAAAUAAAAAGGCUACAUAGAAAACUAAGACUUUGUGAAAAAGGUUAAAGCUUAUGGACAACUUUAAAUGCUUUGCCUGUCCUUUUUUUUUUAAAUAAUCCUUAAAAGAAUCUCUUGUGCCGAUCUUUGUGAUUUAUCCAUUAUCAUUUGGCACUGAGAUGCCUUGGUGUAUUUCUUCUGGUGUAUUGUUUUCCAGACAUUGUGCCACUUCAGAAGAAACAAUAGUGAACAUAUGUAACUCUGACUGAAGAGUAUGAAAUAAAUGGAAGCUUGGGGCUUUGCCGAAGUAAAGCUACAAUAGAAUUAGUCACACUCUAAAAGUUUGGUCAUUCACUGUUACAUGAAAUAAAUUACCUAAAGACUUUAAGACUGUUAAAUCUUUGCAGCUUUAACCUUAAAUUAACAUUCUAAGAGAGCUGCGGCUUUCAACAUUUUUACACAUAGAGUGGAUAAAUAUUUAAAAUUUACAAAGCUAUUUAGUACUUUUUGGAGGAUAUUUUUUUCUAAGUUUCUUUAUCUCGUCUUGCAAAUGAUUGUUGCUCAAUACUCACUGCAGAAAUGUAUAUGUAAGUCAUUACAGUUUUCCUGUAAGAAACCAUAUUCAAGAUGUUUUGAAAACUACUGGUACUUUUUUAGCUAGUGAGAAAACACCUGUUGGAGAUGAUGUGAUAAUGAUUAAAACAAAACAAUAUAUAUACCGGUAAAUAUACACUUUAUUGCAUUAAUGGUUACUGCCAAGUUUGGAUGUACAGUAGGUUGCUAAUCACAGCUGUGUUGUGUGUUAGAAGCUGGCUCCCUCUCUUUUUUCUGCUUCCACACAUUCCACCUUUUACUUGAUUUUAAGAGGAUAUAGCUAUCAAAACUCCUAACACGUGCCAUUUCUUAGAUGACACUUACCUACGUGUGUUGAAAUUAUAAUGUUUCCUUUUACGAUAUUUGUAAGUUUACAUUUUACUGGUGAUUGAUAUGUAGGAAAACUGUUAUUUCCUUCACCAUGAGAUCUCCUGAGAGGAGAUGUAGACUUUUAGCUUCUGGGCAUAGCCAAUUACAUGCUAAUGAGAAGGGAAAAGAAAACCCUGCACGCACACAUACACACGCACGCACACGCACACGCACACGCACACGCACACACACACACACACACACACACACACACACACACACACACACACACACACACACACGGACAGGUAGCAGAUGAAGUGGUUUGCCCUCUGAUCUCGCAUUGAUCAGGGUUUUGUAAGAUGAAAGGAUAAAGUGCUGCUGAAGCGUAAAGACUGACCGCUGUAGAACCACGAGCCCGCAGGCAGACAAACACCGGAGAAUGGGGCUUGUCAUUAAAGAGAUGGCCAGGGCCAGGACUGUUAUUUUCUACCUUUAUUAACAAGUAAUGACAGGAGAAUCAAAGCAGAAGUAAUAAGAGAGGUACCAGCUGCAGGAAGCCACCAUUCUUAAACAGAAAAACAAACACACAUAGCCAGCUUUAAAUGUUUGCUUGUUAUUGGUCACAUUCAGGAUGCCUUGGUAAACUGAACACGACUUUUUGGUCUCAACAGAGGCUGCAGAAUUGAAUGUGCAUAUUGAAACUUUACACUCUUCUGUCUGUCUCUCCGUCUUCACAUAUUGGCAAAUACUGUUGUGUUGAGCAGAGGGAGACCCCACAUAAAAAAGGACUGUUUUACUCAGAAUGUAAGUGCUAAUAGUGUGCAGCCAUCUUUAAGCAAACGAUUGACAUUUUGAGAGUUGAGAGAGUUACAUGAGAAAAAUGUAUUAAUUUAUUUAAUAGAACUUUUAUUUUCAAUGCCAAGACUUAAAGUCACUGUCCUAGCUCCAUAUGUCUGGCGCUAUUCAACAGUAACAAAAUCUGCCUUCCAGAAUCUCUAAAAUUGACUAAAUAAAGGAGUAGUUCACCCAAAAACAAUAUACCUCCCUAGGCUGUCAAUGGUCCCAGAAAAAGUUUUGUGUUGAAAGGCAAUAAGAAGAGCAGAGCGCCUGAAAAAAUAAAAGCAACAGAGUUUGAGAGACAGACAGCAAAAAAACUAAAAAGCUUAUAAAACAUCUGAGAAACUCUCUUAAAAUUCCCAUGCAGCAUUAUCCAGGUGUCUUCUAUCCAUUCCUGGGCUCAUGGAGACAAACAGAACUAUUUUUGCUCAACUGUUGCUAAACGAAGAAUUUCCUGUCAAGAAAUGUGUUUUGCACCAGAGGAUCCGAAAUAUGCUUUGUAAAGGAAAAUAUAGUUAGUUAAUAGUUGUCAUAAAAAUGUUCAGACAAUUAUAACCUUUUCUUCUGUCUUUUGUUCGGCUGAUAUGCCUUUAUUUUUCGGGCACUCCGCUCUUUUUAACGCCAUUCGAAAUAAAACUUUUCUGGGACAAUAGAGAUCCUAGGGAGGUGAGUAUUGUUUUUGGGUGCACUAUUCCUUUAAUAUGUUGCAUCUUAAUUUAACAGGAAUGUAACUUAUAUUUAACUAGGUUUUACACAUGUACAGAUUAAACAGGCUGAUUUUGUUUCCUGUGGAUAGAGCCAGGAUAGCUGUUUCAUCGUUUCCAGUUUUUGUGCUAAGCUACUGCUGCUGGCUGUAGCCUUAUAUUUAGCAGAGUGUGGUAUCAAUCUUCUCAAAUCACUCUCUCUGAAAGCAAAGAAGCACAUCUCCUCAAAUGUCAAACUAUUCCUUUUUGACAAAAAGGUGCUUUUAUGUUAUGAUUUGAUACUAAAAAUUAAAUUUAAUUGAAAUUGAAAUUAAUUGAAUUAUCAUGUCUGGGUCAAAAGAAUGCUGGAGGAUAAAUCAUAAGUUGCGGAUUUAUCCUUGGCUGCUAUGUGAAGGGCAACAGCUUAGGCUUGUGUAUAUUUUGUCUGGUUUUCCUCAAAAAUAGUAAAACAGUUCAAAAUUGUUAACUGAACACUAAAGGUUACAUACUAUACAAUGUGUUAUUGUAGAUACUUGAUGUUCUAUUGCAGUAUUUACAUAAAAAUGAUUCAAAUCAGGUAAGAAAAGAAGGGUACAUUUCUUCACUUAGUUCUAGCUUCACAUUUACGUACAUGGUGAAAUUGUGUCGUUUUGAAAUUACCAGCCGAGUACAAAUACAUUUUUGUUAUAUAUAAACAUGUUUCAUCUGUAUACCCAUCAGAAGAGUUUAUUUAUCUACAUGAAUAUUUAUGAAAUAUCAUUGUUUUGCAAGAAUUUAGACGUUAAAGGUGUUUUAUGAAUGUUCCUGCUGCCAUGUAAUUAUCUUGCCAUUAAAGUGACUGUCUCAACUGU